GCGCGCUUGUGAAGUGCUAAAACGGGGGAUUUCAUUCAUUCAUUUAUUUUUCUUUCUUUUUCUUUUCUUUUCUUUUUUGUUGGACACGCUGGAAUAAUUCAUUGCGAGAGAGUCGUUGAUUUUUUGUUCACCCCCCCUCUCUCUCCUGUUGUGCAGUGUUUGUGAGACCAUCAGUGGCUGCAUGGUUUCUCGGAGGAUAGAGGGGACUGUUGCAAUGCCAUCUCACACCACUGUUUUGGAGCUCUGUGGAAGGGAGAUGCUGGGAUGAAGUGGUUUGGCAGUAUGUCCCUCAGCAGCAAAAGAAGUAAGAGGAGGAGUAGAAGGGGCAGCAAUCGCAGCUGUAACGGCGGAAGUAAUAGCACGCUGCUCUCCCUGGCUCUCCUGGUGGCGUUGACCAUGAUAGCCGAUCCCGUGGCAGCUCAAAAGCAGCGAACUGGUGGCUCAGAAAAAGUGCCGGUCCUGAACAUUGCAGUGAUCCUGGGACGCACGCGCUACAUCUCAGACCGGGACAUCCGAGCGCUGUGGACCAAAGAAGACCCCAUUGAUGUCAACGUGGUCACACUGCUGGUCAAUGAGACUGAUCCAAAAAGCAUCAUCACCCACAUGUGUGACCUGAUGUCAGGAACCAAGAUCCACGGCGUGGUGUUCGGGGACGGCACUGACCAAGAGGCCAUCGCCCAGAUUUUGGAUUUUAUUUCCUCGCAGACGCUUAUACCAAUCUUGGGCAUUCAUGGAGGGUCGUCCAUGAUCAUGGCUGACAAGGAUGUGAAGUCAACGUUCUUUCAGUUUGGUGCCUCCAUUCAACAGGAGGCUCUGCUCAUGCUGAACAUCAUGGAGGAGUAUGACUGGCACAUCUUUUCCAUUGUCACAUCAAAGUUCCCAGGCUACCAGGAAUUCAUCAACAUCUUGAAAACUACUGUGGACAACAGUUUUGUGGGUUGGGACCUGCAGAAUAUCAUCACUCUGGAUGCCGUGGAGGAAGACAGCCGUUCUCAGAUCAUGCUGAAGAAGGUCCAGUCUCCGGUGGUCCUGCUGUACUGCUCCAAAGAUGAGGCGGUGUACAUCCUGGAGGAGGCUCGCUCUCUGGGCCUCACUGGUUUCGGAUACAUCUGGAUUGUGCCAUCGCUCACCACCGGCAACCCAGAAAUAACGCCAGAAGCAUUCCCGUCGGGAAUGAUCUCGGUGUCGUACGAUGACUGGGACUACCCGCUGGAGGCCCGUGUUCGCGACGGUAUAGGCAUCAUAACGUCAGCGGCGGCAGCCAUGUUGGACGAGUACGGCGACAUCCCUGAAGCCAAGACGUCCUGUUACGGCCAGAUGGAGAAGACAAGCAAGCUGCCUCCCAGUGCACUUCAUAAAUACAUGAUGAAUGUGACGUGGGAUGGCAGAGACUUGUCCUUCACAGAAGACGGCUACCAGGAAAACCCAAAGCUGGUGGUCAUUGUUCUUAACAAGGAGAGAGAGUGGGAGAAGAUGGGGAAACUGGACAAUCGUAGUCUGACACUGAAGUACCCCGUGUGGCCACGUUUCAACUCCUUUGGUGACGCUGAGCUUGAUGACAACCACCUGUCCAUCGUCACCUUAGAGGAGAAACCCUUUGUCAUUGUGGAGGACGUGGAAAGACUCACUGGUACCUGCAUGAGGAACUCUGUGCCGUGUAGGAAGCAUAUCAAAGACAACACGACCGAGGCUGGUGGGACGUAUAUCAAGAAGUGCUGCAAAGGUUUCUGCAUUGACAUUCUGAAAAAGAUAGCCAAGUAUGUGAAGUUCACCUAUGACCUGUACCUGGUUACCAAUGGCAAGCAUGGCAAGAAGAUCAACAACGUCUGGAAUGGGAUGGUGGGAGAGGUGGUCUAUAAGAAAGCCGUCAUGGCCGUCGGAUCUCUGACGAUCAAUGAGGAGCGUUCUGAGGUCAUCGAUUUCUCCGUCCCGUUCGUGGAAACUGGGAUCAGUGUCAUGGUGUCCCGUAGCAAUGGAACCGUGUCCCCAUCAGCCUUCCUUGAGCCAUUCAGUGCAUCAGUGUGGGUGAUGAUGUUUGUGAUGCUCCUGCUGGUGACUGCAAUGGCUGUCUUCAUGUUCGAAUACAUCAGUCCUCUUGGCUUCAACAGAAACUUGGCACAGGGAAAAGACCCUCACGGCCCUUCGUUCACCAUGGGCAAGGCAGUGUGGUUGCUGUGGGGUCUGGUCUUCAACAACUCGGUGCCGGUGCAAAACCCAAAGGGAACCACCAGCAAGUUCAUAGUGUCAGUUUGGGCCUUCUUCGCUGUCAUCUUCUUGGCCUCCUACACUGCCAACUUGGCCGCCUUCAUGAUUCAGGAGGAGUUUGUCGACCAAGUCACCGGGCUUUCAGACAACAAGUUUCAGAACCCAUAUGCUUACUCGCCUCCGUUCCGCUUCGGGACCGUUCCAAAUGGUUCCACUGAAAGGAACAUCAGGAAGAACUAUCCCGCCAUGCACCAGUAUAUGGUGAAGUAUCACCAAACUGGAGUCCAGGAUGCACUCGUCAGCCUCAAAACGGGCAAGCUGGAUGCCUUCAUCUAUGACGCUGCAGUGCUGAACUACAUGGCCGGUAGAGAUGAGGGAUGUAAGCUGGUGACCAUUGGUAGCGGGUACAUCUUUGCUACCACCGGGUAUGGGAUUGCUCUACAAAAAGGUUCCUACUGGAAACGACAGGUGGACCUGGCUAUCCUAGCAAUUAUCGGCGAUGGUGAAAUGGAGGAGCUAGAAGCCCAGUGGCUCACAGGAAUUUGCCACAAUGAGAAGAAUGAGGUGAUGUCCAGUCAGCUGGAUAUUGACAACAUGGCAGGGGUCUUCUACAUGCUGGCCACAGCCAUGGGGCUUUCCCUCAUUACCUUUGUCUCUGAGCAUCUCUUCUACUGGAGGCUUAGAUACUGCUUCACUGGGGUCUGCUCCGGCAAGCCGGGUCUUCUUUUCAGCAUCAGUCGGGGAAUCUGGAGUUGCAUCCAUGGAGUUCACAUUGACAUGAAGAAAAAGACAGACCUGGACUUUAGCCCCCAGGACAAAAUGCUGAAGCUCAUUAAGUCGGCCAAACAGAUGACCAACAUGUCUAACCUGGGUGGCUCCCGCAUGAACUCGCCCAAGAGAGAGUUCAUGCACUCAGCUGGUCCUAUGAUCAUGGACAUGAUGGCAGAGAAGGGGAACUUCAUCUAUGCUGACAACCGAAGCUAUGCCCCCAAAGAUAUGAUCUACGGGGAUGCUGGCGACCUGCAGUCCUAUCUCGCUAACCGCCACAAAGAUCAUCUUAACAACUAUAUCUUCCAGGGAGGUCAGCAUCCUUUGACCCUGAAUGACGCCAAUCCCAACACAGUGGAGGUAGCAGUAAGUGCUGACGCAGUCCAGACUAAUGCAAAACCGCAACGCGCACUGUGGAAGAAGUCGGUGGACACUGUUCGCUCAGUACCACCCGGGCCCUCGCCGAUGCCUGACAUGCUGAUGCCAGACCCACGAAUGUCAAUGAAGACGCAGCGGUACCUCCCUGAAGAUGCAGCCCAUUCUGACAUUUCAGACUGUUCUAGUAGAGCAGCCUCCUACAAAGACCCAGAAAACAACAAGCACCUGAAGCCCAAGGACAACUUAAAAAAAAGAUCGGUGACGCCAAAAUACCCAAGGGAUUGCAGUGAGGUGGAGCUGUCCUACUUAAAGACUAAGCAGGUCAGCGGCGGAACCAACCAAACUGGGAGAGGAGGAGGAGGAGAGAAAAUCUACACUAUCGACUCAGACCGGGAGCUGAGCCUCCACUCAGACCCCAUUCACUACCGUGAGAGCCGCGGUCUUGCUGCGGACGAUUUGGAAUACCCCGAAAUCUACUCCGACCACAGUGACAACUAUAGGAAGUGUGAGCAGCCCAUUAUUCAUCUGAACUCCUCGCCUUUGCAUCAUACAGACUCAGAUCUUCUACCAGAUCCAACCUACUCAAAACACUACAACCUAAAAGAGAAAAACCUGUCCCCGCAUGAAUCCAUUGAUCGCUACAAACAGACACACUGCCGUUCCUGCUUAUCCAAAGUGACUGCUAGCUACCCACCUGCAGGACCGUACUCCUCUACUGGUUCUGCCUCAGCUUCGGGCACACGUUCACCUUAUAAUCGGUGUGAAGCGUGCCUCCACACGGCCAACCUGUAUGACAUUAGUGAGGACCAGCUCCUUGCAGACCCUUUGGUCAGCCCUACCAUGCAUCACCAACAGCAGCAGCAACCGGAUGAAAUGUUUGGUCUGUACUGGCCACAGACAGAUGGGCCGCAUGUCCAAAAAAGAAAUCGCUUGAGGCUGAGUCGUCAGCACUCCUUUGACAACAUCAUGCUUGAAAAGCCCAAAGAUGUAGAUCUGGGCCGACCGGCACGCAGUGUCAGCCUCAAGGAGAAGGAUCGCUUCUUGGACUCCACGUCUGACUCGCACUAUGCGAACCUCUUUGGUAUGCGUCCCUACUCUGGCAGACUCUUUGGCACUGGGUCCAAGUCCAUGCUGUUUAACCACAACCUAGAGGAGAGCAAGAGGAGCAAGUCCCUGUACCCGGCCCAUGGCUCGGAAAACCCUUUUCUCAGUCAUUCGCUGAGGGAUGACACCAGCAGCAGACUGGUCCAUGGGCGUAGCUCCUCUGAUAUUUACCAACAGCUUUCAGUGGCUCCCAUCAAUACACGCAACGAUGCGAACAAUCUCCGCUCUUCUGUUAAAUCCACCACUUCAUUUUGCUCACGGGAUGGGCGGAUAGCUAAUGACAUGUACAAUAAAGAGCAUGCGAUGCCUUACUCAGCCAAUAAGACUAGUGCAUACCCAGCCCCACGUGGCGUCCUAAACUCAGCCCAGUUCAGCAAUAGACGGGUGUAUAAAAAAAUUCCCAGUCUGGAGUCAGAUGUUUAG